AUGAAGACAAGGGAAGAACACCGCCACUUUGCGAAGCAUCAUCUGACACAGCCCGCUAAGGCCAUCCGCUGUGAAAUAGGGCAGAGAAGGAGGCUGACGGACAGACGGUCAGUGGAAGUCUUCUCCUUUUCAUGGAUGCCAGGGUGGUCCUACUGCACCUAUGGACGGCCUGCGAUCAGCGGAGGGCCGGACGAGGCCGAUCGAGUCGCAAGAGAACACGGCUUCGUCAAUCUUGGCAAUGUAUUUGGAGAUUAUUAUCACUUCAAGCAUCACGCCGUGGAGAAGAGAGCUUUGUCGAGCCAUGCGACCACACACAUCCGACUACAAAAAGAUCCCCAGGUCCUGUGGGCGGAGCAGCAAGUGGUGAAGACCCGAAAGAAGAGGGACAUGUUUGAAGACCCCUCAGACCCAGACUUCCCAAAGCAGUGGUAUCUGUCCGACCCGGCACACCAGGACCUGCAUACCAAAGAUGCCUGGGCACAGGGCUACACGGGGAGAGGCGUGGUGGUGACGAUCCUCGACGACGGAAUAGAGAAAGAUCACCCAGACCUCAUCAAUAAUUAUGACCCUGAGGCAAGUUAUGACGUUAACGACGGAGACAGUGACCCUCAGCCGCGGUACACGCAGCGAAACGAGAACAGACAUGGGACUCGCUGCGCUGGAGAAGUCGCUGCUGUAGCAAACAACGACGUGUGUGGAGUGGGUGUGGCCUACAACGCCAAGAUCGGUGGUGUCCGCAUGCUGGACGGGGAUGUGACAGACGUGGUGGAGGCUCAUUCCCUCAGUCUGAACCGACAGCACAUCCACAUCUACAGUGCCAGCUGGGGCCCAGAGGACGAUGGCAAGUCUCUGGACGGUCCUGCCAAACUGGCCAUGGAGGCUUUCCUGCAGGGAAUCACACAGGGGCGUGGUGGGCUGGGCUCCAUCUUCGUCUGGGCCUCGGGGAACGGCGGGCGGGAGCAGGACAGCUGUAACUGUGACGGUUACACCAACAGCAUCUACACCCUGUCCAUCAGCAGCUCCACUCAGUCGGGGAACGUGCCCUGGUACAGCGAGCCCUGCUCCUCCACCCUCGCCACCACCUUCAGCUCCGGCAACCCGGGCGAGAAGCAGAUCGUGACAACAGACCUGAGGCAGAAGUGCACAGAGACGCACACCGGGACGUCGGCUUCGGCUCCGCUCGCUGCAGGGAUCAUCGCUCUGACGCUGGAGGCAAACAUGAACCUUACCUGGAGGGAUAUGCAGCAUCUGGUGGUGCGAACAUCCAUGCCCAGACAUCUGAGCACUGGAGACUGGAGGACCAAUGGAGUGGGACGCAAAGUAAGUCACUCGUAUGGAUAUGGCCUCCUGGACGCUGGGGCGAUGGUGGCUUUGGCACAGAACUGGACCUCAGUGGGACCACAGCAUGAGUGUGUGAUCAACAUGCUCACAGAACCUAGGGACAUAGGGAACAGGCUGGUGAUCAGCCGGAAUCUGGACGCAUGCUGGGGACGUGUGGACUAUGUCACCUCCCUGGAACAUGUGCAAGCACGCAUCACUCUGUCCCACAACCAGAGAGGCAAACUGGCCAUUCAUCUCCUCAGCCCUUUGGGCACGAGAGCCACCCUGCUCUUCCCCAGGCCUAAUGACAUUUCCUCAGAGGGUUUCAAUGACUGGGCCUUUAUGUCCACUCACUCCUGGGACGAGGACCCACAGGGAGAAUGGACCCUUGAGAUCGAGAACAUGGCAGCUAAUAGUCGUGACUACGGAGUGUUGAGUCAGUUUACUCUUAUCUUGUGGGGAACUGGGCCCAGUGUGGUGAACCCGGCCUCGUCGGACUUCCCUCGACCCUCUAACAACAGCUGCAAGACUUUUGAUGCUCAGCAAAUCUGUAUUGAAUGCAGCCCGGGAUUCUCACUCUUCCUACAAGGCUGUGUGAAGCUCUGUCCUCCAGGCUUCACCUCGGGACCUCAGCUGCUGAACUUGUCUCUGGAAAACUGGGUAGACCUGUCGUCUGUACAAGCCUGCCUUCCCUGUCACGCCGCCUGCCUCACCUGCUCCGGGCCUGGACCAGUGGACUGUCUGUCCUGCCCGUCUCACAGCCACCUGGUGCUCAGCUCCUGUUUGCACCAGAAUCAGGUGCAGCGUAAGUCUCCUUCAUCAGGAGGCAUCCAGAGAGAGAAGGACCCAGAGCUGUCGGGGGAGGGCCCUGCCUCAGACUCUGACAGUGGAGGUGGGGGCUCCUCUCCUCUGCCCACUGUGUUGGCUGUGCUUAGCGGAGCCUUCAUCCUGGCAGCGUUUGUUGGGCUCUUUUUGUUGCUGCAUAAGCGCAGGGGCCGUCCUGCCCCGAGCUGGAGGACCACACUGCCCUCUGUGUACUCUCACAGCAGGGGCAUUCGCCUGGGAUUUCACUGCAGCCAGCACUCCCAGAGCAAAGCUAAGAUCUGCUACAAGGGGCUCCCCACUGUGUGGGGCGAUGAGGACAUGAUCACUUACGAGUCUGAAUCAGACAGCGAGGAGGUAGAUGGCCACAGCGAGAGGACCGCUUUUAUCAAGACACAGAGCUCCAUUUAA